GAAAAUGCCCCAGCACGUGAUCUAGCCUCUCUGUCUCCGAUCGAAGACUCCUGGCCGUAGCAAUCAAUCAAUCAUCGACUCAGAGAGUUUGAAUCUGCCGGAAUCUAUGGCGAAGAAGGGUGUUCCCGAUUGGCUCAACAGCUCCAUGUGGUCCACUUCCGGUGACGAUCGUCUCCUCCGCCACUCCUCCUCCGCUUCCGUUUCUCCUCCCACCGUUGAGCCGAUUCCGUCGCCGUCACCGCCGCUCCGUGUUCCUCCUCCGUCCGUGAAGACCGCUGCGACAGAUCCGCCGCUUCCUGCUCCUCCUCCGAUGAAGACAGAGACGAAUGAUCAGCGGAAUGGAAGUGGUAACGGCGGAGGUGAAGGUCGAGCUCCGGCGGCUUCUCCUGCAGAGGAUGUUUCUCGGCAAGCGCAGAUCAUGGCGGAGUUAUCAAAGAAGGUGAUAAACAUGAAGGAAUUGAGGAAACUAGCUUCUCAAGGUCUACCUGAUCAUGCUGGGAUUCGCUCCAAUGUCUGGAAGCUCUUACUGGGUUAUCUGCCACCUGAUCGCUCCUUAUGGCCUUCUGAGUUGGCUAAGAAACGGUCACAGUACAAGCAGUUCAAAGAGGAGCUUCUAAUGAACCCUUCAGAAAUAUCAAGGAGAUUGGAUAAAUCAAAGGGUAGUGCGAGUAAUGAGCCAAAAACUGAAGGCAGUGGUGUCCUUUCAAGGUCAGAGAUAACUCAUGAAGAUCACCCCUUAAGUCUUGGAACAACAAGCAUGUGGCAUAAAUUUUUCAAGGACUCAGAAACCAUGGAACAGAUUGACCGAGAUGUAAUGCGCACUCAUCCAGAUAUGCACUUUUUCUCUGGGGAUUCUGUAGCUACAAAAUCUAAUCAGGAUGCUUUGAAGAACAUCUUGAACAUUUUUGCAAAGUUGAAUCCUGGUAUCAGAUAUGUUCAAGGGAUGAACGAGAUAUUGGCACCCAUUUUCUACAUAUUUAAGAACGACCCAGAUGGAGGAAAUUCAGUGAGUACAUUUAUGCAGGCCCAUGCUGAAUCAGAUGCAUUUUUCUGUUUUGUUGAAUUGAUGAGUGGGUUUCGGGAUAAUUUUUGUCAACAACUGGACAACAGUGUCGUCGGUAUUCGUUCCACUAUCACAAGGCUGUCACAGCUCUUGAAGGAACAUGAUGAAGAACUUUGGCGUCAUCUAGAGGUCACAACUAAAAUAAAUCCACAAUUUUACGCAUUCAGAUGGAUCACUCUCCUCCUGACCCAGGAGUUCAACUUUGCGGACAGCCUCCGGAUUUGGGACACUCUUCUGAGUGACCCUGAGGGUCCUCAGGAGACACUGCUUCGAAUUUGCUGUGCAAUGUUGAUUCUAGUUCGAAGACGUCUUCUUGCUGGAGAUUUCACAUCAGACCUCAAACUUCUUCAGAACUAUCCUCCCACAAACAUCAGUCAUAUGUUGUAUGUCGCGGACAAGUUGCGUAACUAAGUCUUCAGGUUAAUUACUAACAAAGUGCACUCAUCCUCUUGUCUUCUACGUUUUUUGUUAUUUGAAUCCAUGAUCUUCCUUUCUGUAUAUUACCGAUUUCUGUGUAAAUGUGUUAGCUUUCUAAGAAAUCCGAAAUUUGUAACCUCUUGGAUAGGAAACUUUCAUAGCUUGGUGGAUGGAUAGAGAUUUGGAUGCAAACUUCUGACAUAUUUGUUUGAGGAUCUGCC